UCAUUCUCACCUAACACCCUUCACCUUCCUUCCCUAUAUUACUUCAUCCUCUUAUUUCUCUCUGCAAUCACUUUCUCUCUCUCUCAAAUUCUCCCCACCAUAGUAACCACCUUUCAAUCCAACACACCAUGUUAAGUGUGGCUCCUUCCGUUGAUACCAACACUACCAAAGAGGUUCCUGCAACGAAAAAUCAGCAGAACCAAAUUUCUGAGAUUACUCAUGUAUUCAAAUCAAAGUUACCAGACAUACCAAUCUCCAACCACCUCCCCCUCCAUGCCUACUGCUUCGAAAACCUCUCCAAAUUCGCAGACCGUCCUUGCCUCAUCGUCGGCUCCGCCGCCAAAACCUACACGUACGCAGAGACUCACCUUAUAUCGCGCAAGAUUGCCGCCGGAUUCUCGAACCUCGGAAUCCGGAAGGGCGACGUCGUCAUGAUCCUCCUCCAGAACUCCGCCGAGUUCGUUUUAUCCUUCCUCGCGGCCUCCAUGAUCGGGGCUGUUGCCACCACCGCCAACCCGUUCUACACCGCCGCCGAGAUCUUCAAGCAGUUCACCGCCUCCAAGGCGAAGCUGAUCAUAACUCAGGCAAUGUACGUGGACAAGCUCCGCAACCACGACGCCGGAUGGACCCUCGGCGAGGACUUCAAGGUCGUGACCGUCGACGAUCCGCCGGAGAAUUGCCUCCACUUCUCGGUGCUCUCGGAGGCCGACGAGAGCGACGUUCCGGAGGUGGAGAUCCACCCGGACGACGCGGUGGCGCUUCCGUUCUCCUCCGGCACCACGGGGUUGCCGAAAGGAGUGAUUCUGACUCACAAGAGCUUAACCACGAGCGUGGCGCAACAGGUGGACGGCGAGAACCCUAACCUCUACCUCACUACCGACGACGUGCUCCUCUGCGUGCUCCCGCUGUUUCACAUAUUCUCGCUCAACAGUGUGCUGUUAUGCGCGCUGAGGGCCGGGAGUGGCGUUUUGCUGAUGCAGAAGUUCGAGAUUGGGACGCUGCUGGAGCUCAUACAGCGCUACCGCGUGUCGGUGGCGAUGGUGGUGCCGCCGCUGGUGCUGGCGCUGGCCAAGAAUCCGAUGGUGGCGAAUUUUGACCUCAGUUCAAUACGGUUAGUUCUCUCCGGUGCCGCUCCCUUGGGUAAGGAACUCGAAGAGGCUCUCCACAGCAGGGUGCCUCACGCCGUUUUGGGACAGGGUUACGGGAUGACAGAAGCAGGGCCAGUGCUUUCCAUGUGCUUGGGCUUUGCAAAGCAACCAUUCCCAACAAAAUCGGGUUCUUGUGGAACUGUUGUCAGAAACGCAGAACUAAAGGUUGUUGACCCUGAAACGGAUCGUUCUCUCGGGUACAAUCAACCCGGUGAAAUUUGCAUCCGAGGGCUUCAGAUCAUGAAAGGAUAUCUGAACGAUGAUCAAGCGACAGCAUUGACCAUCGACGCAGAGGGUUGGCUUCACACCGGUGAUGUUGGCUAUGUAGAUGAUGACGAUGAAAUUUUCAUCGUUGACAGGGUGAAAGAACUCAUUAAAUUUAAAGGCUUCCAGGUGCCCCCUGCAGAACUUGAAGGGCUUCUCGUUAGCCAUCCCUCCAUUGCAGACGCAGCAGUUGUCCCACAAAAGGAUGUUGCUGCUGGUGAAGUUCCCGUUGCUUUCGUUGUCAGAUCUAACGGCUUUGAUCUAACAGAAGAGGCUGUGAAAGAGUUUAUAGCCAAACAGGUGGUGUUUUACAAAAGACUGCACAAAGUUUAUUUUGUUCAUGCUAUUCCCAAGUCCCCAUCGGGAAAGAUAUUAAGGAAAGACUUGAGAGCAAAGCUAGAAGCUGCCGCCGCCGCCACUCCGACGGCAUAAGGCCAGAACCUGCCCCUUUUUCUUUUUGGCGAGUUUUCCAGAUUUUUUAUUUAAAUUAUUGGUUUAACACGUGUAAUUUACGUGUGAAUGCUUGAAACAUAAAUUGAAUCCGAGAAGCAGUUGCACUUGCAUAUAUUCACUGUAUUCUUAUGUGUAUUACCUGAGCUUCUCUGGUAAUAUUGUAACUUUAGAUAACUGUUUCAGAUCUUAUAUAUUGAUGUUAUCAGAUCUUGGUAUA